AUGCCGCCAUCUGCCGAGGCAACCACGUCGGGCAUAGACACCUGGGCAGACGACAGUGUCGUCAAUGCGUCGCCGGUUGACGAUGACGCUCUUUCAAUCGCGUCCGAGGAUUCGUCUGCCGACUCGCCGGAGCGGCCGCUCCUGGUUGCCCCCGAGGCCGAAACGUGGACACCGCCGGUUGGCUUCGUCUGGAUCCAAGUCGCCAUCAUGCUCAACGUCUUCCUCAACGGCUUCGACGGCACCAUCACGGCCGCGACGUACGCCGUCAUCAGCUCCGAGUUCGACGCGGCCAACACGGCCUCCUGGCUGACCACAUCGUACCUCGUCACCGCCGCUGCCUUCCAGCCGCUCUACGGGCGCGUCUCCGACAUCUUUGGCCGCCGCGUGUGCUUCUUCGUCUCGACCGUCACCUUUGCCGCCGGCUGCCUUGGCUGCGGCGUCGCUCGCGACGUGGUGUUUCUCAACAUCAUGCGCGCGCUGACAGGUUUCGGUGGCGGCGGGCUCAUGACAAUGGCUACCAUUGUCAACUCGGACAUGAUUCCGUUUCGGAAGCGCGGCAUGUACCAGGCCAUGCAAAAUGGCAUCUUUGGGUUCGGCGCAAUCGCAGGCGCCUCGUUCGGCGGCACCAUCGCCGACCACAUCGGCUGGCGGUGGUGCUUCCUCCUGCAGGUCCCCGUGUCUGUCAUGGCCUUUGUCGUCGGCUGGCUGGUGCUCAAGAACCAGAGCGGCGGCUUCUCGCUCAACGACGGCCUCGGCGCCGCGUGGAAGAGGGUAGACGUGUCGGGCGCUCUUCUGCUGGUGGCAGCCAUCUCGAUUCAGCUCGUGGGACUCAGUCUCGGUGGCAAUGAGCUCCCGUGGACCAGUCCGUGGGUUAUCGGCUCGCUCGUUGGUAGCGUUAUGCUCUUUGCCGUCUUCUUCCGCGUUGAGGCGACGACGUCGGCCAUCCCCGUCAUUCCGCUGCGCAUGCUCAAGGGGCGCCUGCCUGUGGCCACGCAAAUUGCCAACGUUUGCGCCGGCAUGGCUGCAUAUGCCUACCUGUUCAUGUUGCCGUUGUUCUUCCAGGUUGUCCUCCAAGACUCAGCGACCACGGCGGGCGCCCGCCUGGCGAUCCCAUCCCUGGCAACCCCCAUUGGCGGGCUCGUUGCUGGCAUCGUCAUGUCGCGGUGGGGACGACUCAUUGGCCUCAUGCGAUGCGGUGUCAUCCUGAUGACGAUCGGGAACGCCUUGGUGACGUCUUUUGGGUUUACCGAUCCGUCGUGGAAGUACUUUGUCUACAUCUUUCCCGCCAACCUCGGCCAGGGCAUCGUCUACCCGUCGAUCCUCUUCACGUCGCUGGCCUCUUUCACGCAUUCAGAUCACGCCGUUUCCGCGUCGACGGUCUAUCUCGUGCGGUCCCUCGGCACUGUAUGGGGUGUCUCGAUCACUUCUGCCAUUGUGCAAACCUCGCUCAGCGUCCGCUUGCCGGACGCUUUGGGCGUGAUAUCAGAUAAAUGGACAUUGAUUGACAAGAUCCGACACUCUGUCGAUGCAUUGGACGAUCUGCCGCCCGAACUGCAGCUCAAGGCGCGCCACGUCUACUACGAGGGCAUACAGUAUGCCUUUGCAGCGUCGACGGCUAUCGCGGCGGUUGCCGUUGUUGCGGCCUUUGUCGCAAACGGAACGAAUCUGCGCAAGACGAACUAA